UUAGAUGUAUUUAUUAUUAUAUUUAUAUGAGUACACUGUAGCUGUCUUCAGACACACCAGAAGAGGGCAUCAGAUCCCAUUACAGAUGGCUGUGAGCCACCAUGUGGUUGCUGGGAAUUGAACUCAGGACCUCUGGAAGAGCAGUCAGUGCUCUUAACCACUGAGCCGUCUCUCUAGCCCGCCCAAAGAGGACUUUUGAAAUCCAAGCCCUGAAAAUCCCCAUUCUGUAACAUAAUGUAAGCAAAAUGAUGUCUUCCAGACAGAUUGGAAAGGACCAUUGUUGGGCCUAUCUGUGGCACUGAGUGUGUGGUCAGAUUUCAGGUAGAGGCUGUGGGUCCUGAAAAUUUGCAGCCUUUGAGAAGACUAACUCCAGAUCUUCCUCCUCACCCCUUGAGCCUGUCUGUCAUCAGGCCUGUGCUGUCAGCUGAGCAGGACCAGAGGAUUUGAGAAUGCAAGGCCUGGGGCAAAGGAUAUGGCUGAGUAACAGAACGCUUGCCUGGCAUGCAUCCCAUGUACCACAAAAACUAAGUAACGUAUAAAUAUGUAAAGUUAGCGCUUAGAAGACAGGAGCCUCAAUGGCAGAGCAAGCUUCUCUGACCAGAACCCCAAACUAGCCAUGUGGUGAACCAGAGUCUCGCACAGUUCUGCUGCCAGCUUACUGUAUAUAUUUAUGUGAAUCUGUCCCUCCCUUCGGACCUCGGUUUUCCCUGCGUUACACUGAGAAUGGUGUCCUCCUGCCCCCGCUGACUCUGGAGAGACACUGGUCAGAGAAGAGUUUGUCCUUCACUCAUGCUUGCCAUGGUGAAGAAUACUUCUCGUUACAGUUCGUGCCACUGGGUUCAUGCAGGAGCAGCGAGGGCCCACCAUGCACAGGGCUACUCUUUGCCUCUGGGUGUUUGUUUGCUUUUAACAGUUACUGAGGUACCACAGCACAUUCGCGGAAGUCUGAGGACAAUUUAUGAGAGUGGGUUCUCAUUCGACCAUGAGGGACCCGGGGCUCAAACUCAGGUUUUCAGUCUUGGCAGGUGGCACCGUUAACCACUGAGCAUCUUGCAGACCUCUGCCUUUGGUGGGUGGGUUUUGUUUAGUCUCAGUGCUUCAGCUCUUGAUUCCAGAAAUGUUAGCUCAGAGACCCCUGUGGAGUCAUCUCUUUGCGGACCAGCAUCAAACCCGGUUCAUUCCCUGGAGCUGGGUUUCUGGCUUCAGAAGUGGGCAAAGAGCUGGGGAUGUGGCUCAGAGAGUAAGCAUGCUUGCAAACAUGAGGACCUGCAUCCAAUCCCCAGCACCCAUAUACAAAAGCCAUCUGGUGACCUGCACUUGUAAUCCCAGAGAUGGAGAGACAGAUGGGAGGAUCCCAGCUAGCCUGACACUCACUCAUUAAUAUAUAAUGGAGGUCCUGUGACUCGGGCAGGGUUUCUACUUUUAGGAAGCUUCUAGCCCUGGUCCGUGAUCCCCAUAGAAUUAUUACCACAAAACCAGAUCAUCUAUGGUCAGUGCACAAGGAUGCUUGGAGUUGUAAGGAGGUAGUGAUGGCAGAGAAGAGGAAGUGAGGCUUGCCUAAGUCCCCAUAGGUGGCACCACAGGGAACAAACCUGGAAAGCCAGAAACCCCAGGUCUGACCUACUGAGCAGAGAGCAUGCAUCUACAUACAGACUGCAGAGGCUCGGCUUGCAGCCUCAGCGCCACACCUGCAGGCUGUAGAUAGACCCCUGCCUCCUGGGCAGAUGGAGGGAGCUGGUGUAUAGCCAGGGUAAGCAGGUGGGCAUUAGGAAGUUUGCACAACCAACCUGCCCCAGGUCCGUCCUUCCUCAGUGUGUGUUCACUGCUUCUUUAUCAGGAGAAAUACCAACAGCCUGCUGGGUCUGUGCAGUCCUCCACCAUUCUGUGUCUUCCCAGCACCAUGACCUGUAGGCGUAGCCUCUGUAGACGUCUAUCUCUACUCCUCACCUGCACUUCUCUCUCUAAUCUCCAGCCCAGGACUCAUUCCUUCCUCGAAAGCAUUCAGCCUCUAUAAAGAGCGUUCCCAGAGCUCAUGGGCUAACAUUUCACAGGGUAGGCACCGCUCCAAGGUUUAGAGCCUCUGGUUCCCCAGAUUCUCUGUCCCUAGGUGUUGAGAUGUUGCUAUGGCCCCUUGCUUCCUCCUCUGAGCUUUGGUUACUCUCUUUCUCUUUUAUUUCUUUAUUAUUUUAUUUUAUUUUUUUAUUUUUGAGACAGGGUUUCUUUUGUGUAACAGCCCUGAAUGCCCUAGAACUUUCUGUAGACCAGGUUGGCCUCCAACUCAGAGGGACCCCCCUGCCUCUGCCUCCCAAGCACUUGGACUAAAGGUGUGCACCACCAUGCCCAACUAACUCUCUCUCUUAGCUGGUUUGCCGGGUAAACGGAACAGUGUGAUUGGUGAGCGGUUUAGAUUUACAGUGUUGCUGCCCCAGGCUCCUCUAUGAUAGUCGUGGUUCUGGUGUCUUCUUCAGCAAAUGACAAGUGGUCUCUACCUCAGAGUGCCAUCGUGAGGUAAUACUGUCAACAGCAAACCUUUGUUCCGCCUAAAUGCCAGGCACUAGUAGGCACUGAGGAUGUGGGUGUGGGUGUAAGUCGCCAGUCGGUCCUCUGGAGCUGGCAGCUGGGGGGAGGGUCACAGACAAAUUGUUAUGCAAAUGAAUAGGUCUCUAUUGGUACAGAAUACUGGGCUUUGCCGUCCGGCUGGUUAAAUAAGAAACUGUAGGAAGUAAAUUCUGGAAGGGGCUGGGCAUGUAUCUGGAAGCACAGAGGACGGAGGUGGUACCGCGGGGGUGGCUGCCUGGGCUGCUGUUGUUUCUCUCAAUCUUUUCUCCCCCUGCCCUUCCCCCAGCAUGUCUUAAAGAGCCUGUGAGAAGAAAAGAGACAUGGGGUUCUCCUCCUCUGGUAGUCCAUCAAUAUCAGAGUCCAAACUGUCCCCAAUUGCCAGAAUUCCAGAUGGCUGGAACCUGCCUUGAGAGUGAAAAUCCUUAAGGGCUCCAAGGGGUGGAGUGGUAGGGUGUCGUGAGCCUCUAGACUCUGGUCCCAGAUGAGGGCAGCUCCCCUUCCUCCCCAGCUCACCCAGGACACCCUACACCCACACCUUCAAGCUACAGGGUUGGCUCCUGGAGGAGAUGAACACAGGUGACCACUCACCAGUCUGUUUUCUAGAGGCCUCUGGGAAGCUGAUUUGGUGUCCCUUCCGUGGGCACAGCCCAGCUAAAGUAGGGUAGCUCCCUAGGGCCAGGGCUCAGCCCUGCAGAAAAGGUGGUUCUUUCCCAGCCAUUCACGAGGUUCUGCUGUGGCCCACAAGAAUUCAGUGUUCUGGGGGCAGUGAAUUUAUGCCCAGCCUCACGAGACUCACAUCCUGCGAGUCCCCGUGGCUCCAGCCAUGGCCUUUGUUAUUUUUUUUUUCUUCUUUUUUUCUUUUUUCUUUUUUUUCGGAGCUGGGGACCGAACCCAGGGCCUUGCGCUUUCUAGGCAAGUGCUCUACCACUGAGCUAAAUCCCCAACCCCAUGGCCUUUGUUAUUGAAACUUCCCUGCCCCAAGUCCCACGCUUAGUACUUAGUACCACCUGUGUUCAUUUCCCAGGAGCCAGAGCCUGGCUCUUGGUGUCGCUAUCCUUUGUACCUCAGCUCUCAGCCAUUGCACUUGGGUUCCUACCUUGAACCUUCAGAGGUUAGCUAGGGCUCAUCUCUGCCAUCUUAACUAAAAUAUCAAACCUUCCCUGAUGAUCCAGCUCAGAGUGACACCGGCCCUUCCCCUGUCCUUCAGAGCACUGUUCCUGAGAUGUGACUGUAUCUGUGUUCUUUUUAGGUAGCUGAUUGUCUCCUUCUAGUGCCAGAAUGUUUCAUAAAGGCAGGACUUUGUCUGGUUUGCUCAAUAUAGGACCUGUGUCUUCAGUAGUUCAUGGUGAGGUCCAUGAUUACUGCAGGAGCAGUCAGCCUGCAGGGCUAGCCUGGUCUACAGAUCUAGUUCCAAGACAACCAGGGCUACACAGAGAAACUCUGUCUUAAAAAAAACAAAAGCAAAAGAAAAGAAAGAAAAGAAGCCAGCAGCAUGACAUCUGUCCUGGGUUUAUCAAGGAAACCAGAAAUAAACUGGCACCUGGAGUGGGCCCAUGGAAGCAGCAAGAGCCUCCUAACAGGGCAGGGGUACCUCCCAGGACAUCAGAGUGGUAGAAUGGGCUCUGUAAGGGAACUCAGACAGUGCUGUAGAGCAGGACACUCAACUGGUUGAAGCUGUACAGUCCUAGCAGACGGAGGAGGUAAGAGUGUGGGGCUGCAGGUGACCAGGCCUGGGGCUCUUGCCAUCCUGUGGAGGAAGCAGGCUAGAGAUAGUCAAGGAACUAAGGAAGCCAGAAAGCUGUCCCAAGCAGGGCUGGCCUCAAUAUACUGCUUCCUCUGGUACCAGCAGGCCGAAGGGCCUGCAAGUGAGGAAGGUCAUAGGAAUGUCCAGGCAGCCCAUCAUUUGUGCCAUGCCCAGAGAGUGUUCCACUGGGCCAGCUGAAGCAUGGGGCUUCUGGGAGGCAUGUGUCAGGGAGAACAGACCCUACGUGACAGCAGUGAGGGCAGCCUGGCUGAAGGGGGCUAUAACAAUCCUAAUAGCUUUUAAAGGAAAAAAGUCAAAAUUACAGUGCAUGGCGCUGCAGGUAAGAGUGUGUGCUCUUCCCGGGCCGAGAGAUGGCGCUGCAGGUAAGAGCACUUGUUUGGGGCCCAGCGCCACACAGUGGCUCAAGAAUGUCCAUAGCUGAACUCAUUUCCCAGCACCUGCAUCAGGCAGCUGGCAGUGACCUAAAACCCUAGCUUUUGGGGUUUGUCAUUCUCUCUGACCUCCAUGUACUUGUGAGCAUAUCCCCCCACCCCCUGCCACCCGUUCCCCAUGAAACAGAAGCUAAUUGUAGGGCAUAAUGGCACAUGCCUUUAAUUCUAACAGCUCUGUGAGCUCAAGGCCAUCUGGUUUAUCUAGAGAAUUCCAUGCCAUCAACUCUUCAUAGUGAGAUCUUGUUUAUAAAAUAAAUGAAAUAAAUCCUAAAACAAAACGACAGGAAAAGAAUAGCUGAUGCUUUCUUUUUAAAGAUUAGUUUAUUUAUGUAUGUGAGUACACUGUCACUGUCUUCAGACACACUGGAAGAGGGCAUCGGAUCCCAUUACAGAUGGUUGUGAGCCACUGUGUGGGUGCUGGGAAUUGAACUCAGAACUUCUGGAAGAGCAGUCUGUGCUCUUAACUGCUGAGCCACCUCUCCAACCCAAAUGGCUGAUUCUUAGUUUUCCCCACCAAAUAAUGGAACCCAGUGCCUUACACAUUCUAGGCAAGUGCUCUACCACUAAGCUACCCCACCUUUUUUUAAAUAAUUAAUUUUAUUUUAUAUAUAUUCAUAUGAAGAUGUCAGAUCACUGGGAACUGGAGUUACAGACAAUUGUGAGCUGCUGUGUAGAUGCUAGGAAUUGAACCCAAGGCCUCUGGAAAAACAGCAAGUGCUCUUAACCACUGAGCUGCCUCUCCAGCCCCCAUUUUUAUUUUAUUAAUACGGGGCUUUGCUAGUUGUUCAGAUUGGUCCUGAACUAGUGAUCCUCCUAUCCCAGCCUCCCUGGUGCAGGCAGUGUUGUCUCUUGCCUCGUGUCCCGAGUAGCUAAAACAGCUCAGGGGUGGAUAUGGUACCCAAAAGCCAAGCCCAUACCCCUUUGGAACUAAGAUAAUAGUAGUUCUUGACCUUCUUAAUACUGUGACCCUCAAAUAUAAUUCCUCAUGUUGUGGUAACCCCCAAUCUUAAAAUUCUUUUCAUUGCAACUUUACUUCUUAUGACUCACAAUGUAAACAUCUGUGCUUUCCAAUGGUCCUAGAUGACCCUGGGAAAGGAUCAUUCCACCCACCCAGAGGGGUUGAGAUACCCAGGUUGAGAACUCUAAGGAAUGAUUCUCUGGACCCAUAGAGACCAGUUUGUACAGAGUGGCCUUGAGUCUCUGAGCUUGCACGUCCUAUCUGUCAAACAUGACCAGACCUCACUGACUGCCGUGGGAAGCAUUUUCCCAGCACUGUCCCCCAGCUCCUCCAGCCCUUGCAGAAGAAUUAUCAUCUUCAUUUCUUCCAGAUGAGGACACUGUGCUCUGGAGAAGUAACACUGUUUGUGAGUAAAUGACAAAAUGGAGUCAGGAGAGAGAUCUGUCUGUCUGACCAUAGAGACUGUACUUUUGGGGGCAUGUUGGGAAUUAAUCCCAAAAUCUCUCACAUGGCUGCGGCUCUGCCAAUGAUCUUGUGACUAUUGGAGUCCAUAGUUGCCCUUGUGGGCCCUUGCUGCCUUCUCCCGACAUGGCGUCUGACACACCCGAGUCCCUCAUGGCCCUCUGUACUGACUUCUGUCUCCGGAAUCUCGAUGGCACCCUGGGCUACCUGCUGGACAAGGAGACCCUGCGGCUGCAUCCAGACAUCUUCUUGCCUAGUGAAAUCUGUGACCAGCUGGUCAAUGAGUAUGUGGAGCUGGUCAGUGCGGCCUGCACUUUCGAACCACAUGAGACCUUCUUCAGCCUCUUCUCAGACCCCCGCAGCACGCGGCUCACUCGCAUCCACCUCCGUGAGGACCUGGUGCAAGACCAGGACCUGGAAGCGAUUCGAAAGCAGGACCUGGUGGAGCUGUACCUGACCAACUGCGAGAAGCUGUCCGCCAAGAGCCUGCAGACGCUGCGGAGCUUCAGCCACAGUCUGGUGUCCUUGAGCCUCUUCGGAUGUGCCAACAUCUUCUACGAGGAGGACAACCCGGGCGGCUGUGAGGAUGAGUGCCUGGUCAACCCCACCUGCCAGGUGCUGGUCAAGGACUUCACCUUUGAGGGCUUCAGCCGCCUGCGCUUCCUCAACCUGGGCCGCAUGAUCGACGGCAUCCCCGUGGAGUCACUGCUUCGGCCACUCAACUCCCUGACUGCCUUGGACCUCUCAGGCAUCCAGACAAGCGACGCCACUUUCCUAACACAGUGGAAGGACAGUCUGAUGUCCCUUGUGCUCUACAACAUGGACCUUUCAGACGACCACAUCCGUGUCAUUGUCCAGCUGCACAAGCUGCGCCACCUGGACAUCUCCCGAGACCGCCUCUCCAGCUACUACAAGUUCAAGCUGACUCGGAAGGUGCUCAGCCUCCUGGUGCAGAAGCUGGGGAAUCUGAUGUCACUAGACAUCUCUGGUCACAUGAUCCUGGAGAACUGCAGCAUCUCCAAGACAGAUGAGGAGGCAGGGCAGACCAGCACCGAGCCAUCCAAGAGCAGCAUCAUGCCUUUUCGGGCUCUGAAGAGGCCACUGCAGUUCCUUGGGCUCUUUGAGACCUCCUUGUGUCGUCUCACACACAUUCCAGCCUACAAAGUAAGUGGUGACAAAAAUGAAGAGCAGGUGCUGAACGCCAUCGAGGCCUACACAGAGCACCGGCCUGAGAUCACUUCCAGGGCCAUCAACCUGCUGUUUGACAUUGCACGCAUUGAACGCUGCAACCAGCUUCUGCGCGCCCUGAAGCUGGUCAUCACAGCCCUCAAGUGUCACAAGUAUGACAAGAACAUUCAAGUGACUGGCAGUGCCGCUCUCUUCUACCUGACCAACUCUGAGUACCGCUCAGAGCAGAGCGUCAAGCUGCGCCGGCAGGUCAUCCAGGUGGUGCUGAAUGGCAUGGAGUCCUACCAGGAGGUGACGGUGCAGCGGAACUGCUGUCUGACCCUCUGCAACUUCAGCAUCCCCGAGGAGCUGGAGUUCCAGUACCGCCGCGUGAACGAGCUCCUGCUUGGCAUCCUCAGCCCCACCCGCCAGGACGAGUCGAUCCAGCGUAUCGCUGUGCACUUGUGCAAUGCCCUCGUCUGCCAGGUGGACAAUGAUCACAAGGAGGCUGUGGGCAAGAUGGGCUUCGUCGUGACCAUGUUGAAGCUGAUCCAGAAGAAGCUGCUGGACAAGACGUGUGACCAGGUCAUGGAGUUCUCCUGGAGCGCUCUGUGGAACAUCACGGAUGAGACUCCAGACAACUGUGAGAUGUUCCUUAACUUCAACGGCAUGAAGCUCUUUCUCGACUGCCUGAAGGAGUUCCCAGAGAAGCAGGAGCUACACCGGAACAUGCUCGGGCUCUUGGGGAAUGUGGCAGAGGUGAAGGGGCUGCGGCCUCAGCUGAUGACCUCUCAGUUCAUCAGCGUCUUCAGCAACCUGCUGGAAAGCAAGGCCGAUGGCAUUGAGGUUUCUUACAAUGCCUGUGGUGUCCUAUCCCACAUCAUGUUUGAUGGGCCUGAAGCCUGGGGUGUCUGUGAACCCCAGCGGGCAGAGGUGGAGGAGCGUAUGUGGGCGGCCAUCCAGAGCUGGGAUAUCAACUCCCGAAGGAAUAUCAACUACAGGUCAGAGAUGGGAAGGUCCUUUGAGCCGAUCCUCCGCCUCCUUCCCCAGGGCAUCUCUCCAGUCAGCCAGCACUGGGCCACCUGGGCCCUGUACAACCUCGUGUCUGUCUACCCUGACAAGUACUGCCCCCUGCUGAUUAAGGAAGGCGGGAUGCCCCUGCUGAGGGACUUGAUCAAGAUGGUUACUGCCCGGCAGGAAACCAAGGAGAUGGCCCGCAAGGUGAUUGAGCACUGCAGUAACUUUAGAGAGGAGAACAUGGACACGUCCAGAUAGAGGCCACACAGCUCGGACCACAGGCCGGGAGGAAGCGCUGGAGGUCUAGUGGGCAGGUCCCUUGCGGAGCCUCCCACAGGGUGAAGAGACAGCGAGGACUUUUGCACAGCCGACGCGGUUCCUUAAUGUUAGUGAGAUAUAUAUAUUAUAUAUAUAUUAUUAUUUUUUUUUUGGUUAGGAAGUGUGAAGUUUUGUGUGUAUGACUUCUCCCGAGUCUUUGCAGCUCCUUGCCACUCUCAUCCACCUCCAAGCUUUCGUUGCUGCCAUGUUCCCUCCUGCCCCAGCUGGGCUUGCCUCUAAUGCUGUGAGUGCCUGGUCCCUUCCCAGUGAGCUCAGACCCUGGCCUGCCUUCUGUCUGUUGUGGGCGGAGCUGGCCCUUACCAGGCUGCUCGACAUCCUUGAUCCCCGCCUGAGUGCCCUGUGCAGGCUCCCAGGUGAGUGAGGCUGCUGAGGUCUGGGAUUAAGUCCAGCCCUACUGGGUUUCCCAGCUUUGGUGCUCCAGGCUGUGAGCCAUCUGGGGCCAAAAGAGUAAGCUGUUCCCAGCCUUAGACCAAGCGGCUCCUGUCCCGAGGACCCUGGAGAAGCAUGGCUCUGUUGGCCACUGCUCUCUGGCCAGGCCUGUCUGUGGCCAUGCUGCUAUGGAGGCUGCCUCAAGUCUCCCUCAGGCCCCAGGCUUUUGAAGGUUCCAGCCCAGAGAUGGCCAGAACUCAGGGGCAAUUCCACUGCCCCUUCUGCCAAACAUGCCCCAGGCCACCUCAACUCUGGCAGCUGGCACCUUCCGGGACCAGGGUCUUGCUCCUUGUUCUGUAGCCCUCAUCUACCCACAGCACCCCAGUGCCCAGGCACUCCCACCAGCAGCAGAGCUGAGCCCACCCGCUGUCCAGAAGAUACUACAGCUCCCUCCAAGGCAGGAGUUCCCCACUCCAGCCUCACAGUGGCAGCAGGAAACCACCUUCAGACCAGCAUGUGGACAGUCCUCUGUCCCUCCAGCCCAGUCAGGCUGCCCUGAGAAGCUGCACUGUGGUGUAGGCUCUCGGGGCAUCCGUGCACCCAUCAUUGUGUCUCUGCAUUGCCUUUCAUUGGUACAGGUACUCAGGAGACCUGUGCACAGCAGGCGUAGGGAGCAAAGCUGGCCCCGGAGGCAGCCUCUGGUGUGGCUUUUUCUGCCCUCUUUCUUCUCUGUGCCUGUUUGUUUCCGGGCUUACCUGCCUACAGUCAGAAGGGGCCCAGCUGUUCACAGGACUCGGGGAGAGGCAACUGACCUUCCCAGAGGAAACUUUCCCUGGCAGGUGGCUUCCCCCAUGCAGCACUUGGGCAACCUCAGCCUGCCCUUUCCAUCCCACGCCCUCUGGCACUGCCAGGCCCUGAGCAGAGCUGUCAUCCACUGCUUUACCACCUGGGUCUGGGGAAAUGUCUGUACUUCAGGAUGUCACAGAAAUACAUUUUGUGCAAAGUGCAAAA